AAAAGGUAGAUGAAGGUGGUAUCUACAAAUCUAAAAGAUGUCAGGAAUAUGGAGCAGAAGUGCAGAGAUUGGAUAAGCAUAAAUGCAAGUCAAAAAGUAGAAUUCCUUCUCUGUCACCUACAGACUCCCUUUUUAAAGAUAUGGAUCCUUUUCAGGAGUGGCUUACAAUAUCAGGGGGCCAAAAAACACUGGAAUCUGCAAAAAGAAUCACACACGAUGUCAAGUUUAUUAUGAAAUGUAUAAAUGACAAUGUGGAAUAUAAGCCUCUAGAGAGAGUAAACAUACAGAGGUAUUUCAUCACACCAGCGUUACAUGGAACAUUCAAAAAUAUAAAUAAAAGAGGCAACUACUAUUAAGGUAUACCUUGAAAGGUAUCAGUGCUUUUUUCCUAUCUUGAACUUGAACUCUCAACCAUUACAAGUGGAGAUUUUUCCACUUUCCAAAAACAGAACAGAAAAUGGUGCAAUGCACUAGUGGCGAUGAGUCAGAGAAGGCAGCUGGAUAAGCAAGCUACAGCUCAGGACCAGCUUCCAACAAAAAAAGAGCUGGCAUUAUAUUCGUCUUCUAAAUAUGUAUCCGAGACCAAGGCUUUAUUCCUUAAAUCUUAGGACAAGUUAGAUAACAGUUCAAUGUGCAGAAUGAGGAAUUACCUCACAACGGAAAUUGUGCUCGCUAGCACAUUAAGAGCUGGCCCAAAGGGGAAUUUGUGUGCUAGGCAUGUUAUGGCAUGUAAUAAUUCAAUAUCCAGCACUUAAGCACUUUUGUGUAUCAUGUAAGUACAUUUAAACUUGUGUAAUCAGAACGCCAUUGGGACCAGCUAAAAAUGUUUGGAUUAGAAGGUGUUCAGAUUAGACAGGUUUUGCAUCCUUGAUAUUCUUGAUUUUGCUGUAAUAUGAAUAAUGUAGUUGAAAUUAUAUUUCAGGGUAACUGAUGAUGAUGAAGGAGGCUGAUAUGCAGAAUGGAAAAGUGAAGAU